CAGGGGCGGACUGACCAUUUGGAAACUCGGGCACUGCCCGAGAGCCCGGGGUCAGUAGGGGGCCCCAUGAGAUGCCCCUGGUACCUUUUUCAUAGGCUUUUUUGAGUUUGGGCAAGGACACAGGGGGCCCCUUGAUCCCCUAUUGCCCAAGGGCCCUAUGAGUUGUCAGUCCGCCCCUGGUCAUUGCCCCCCAUCAGUGCCUCCUCAUCAGUGCCCACCAGUGCCACCUCAUCAGUGCCCAUCAGUGCUGCCUAUCAGU